GACGUUUGGGCCUCUCGGUCAGGGAAUGUUCCCAAUUCGGGCAAACCCAACCGACAGGUGAGUUGACGUUCGAAGCCCGCCCAACGCAGAGGUACUCCGACGGCGCCCCAGAAACGCGAGGAAGUAGUGGAAAGAAUAAAGGACGAAGAGAAACCACACGAGUGACAACGGAACAUGGAUCCUCCUUCCUACGAACAGAUCGAUCGUCCUGUGCCGGGGGCCUACCCACAGCAGCAACCGGCCUCGUUGCAAACGACGGUGAUCGUGACAAGCCCACAGGUUGGCCCAGAUCCGACGACCAUCAUCUGUCCAUCGUGCCGGGCGACGGUCGUGACACGGUUGGAGUACGAAACCACCACCAAGACGCAUCUCUGUGCUGGUUUACUGUGUUUGUUCCUGUGCUGGCCGUGUGCUUUUGUGCCGUACUGUUCGACGGCAUGUCGCGAUGCGAACCAUUACUGUCCUAACUGUGGAUCUUUUAUCGGAUCUUAUCGGAAGUAGAAACCAUCACCGUCCGUCAAACUGUUGUUCAAGUGUUUGUGCGAACCUUAUGUGCCCUGGGAGCCUCGUUUGUCCUCAAGCUGUUCCGAAGCUGUUGCGAAACGGACCUAAAAAUCAAUUCAAAUAUCGCGAUGUGUGAAUGUGGUGGUUGAUAAGAUAUGGCGUGAAUCAACGGCACGGUCCGACAGCACGAAACCGAUUCGAGACGUUCAGCUGGUUUCGGAAUUUCGAUAAAUUUAUGCCCUAUCGAAUGCCCAAAAUGGCCGGAGCUCUCCGGUGGGUGCAAUGCAUCAAAUGUGUUAGGUUAAUGUGAGUUUGCGGCUAAUGAAGUGUGCUAAAUGAAGUUCAAUAAACCAUUAUACUUAUUCACAAUCAAUGUUUUAUGUGAUCGGUUUACGCUCGAUUCUACCUUUUUAUGUGUCAAUAGAUAUGAUCAAUCUAACGGAUGUAUUCGUACAGGUGUAGAUUGACGAAAGUAUCACACAGGGAAUGGAAGAAACAUUCAUUCCAGAGUAGAUCAAGUAAAAAAAUCCUCUGUUUGUCGUUCUGUUAUUAUUGUAACAAGUGUUGGAAC